AUGGCAGAAGAAACUCUGCUUAACAAUACAAUUUUCUCUGGAUUUCUUCUGAUAGUUGCAGGCUGCACACUCGCUUUACAAGCAGGAUGUAAUGCUACUCUCACAAGAUACGGUGGUAGAUCAUUUUCUUCUUUUGUAAACUUUACUGUCGGGUUAUUAUCCUGUUUCAUCUUUUUCGGUAUAGACAUUGGUGCACUGCAUACCCCUUUACCCACAUCACACGUUGAGCAGGCUCCACACUACGCUUGGAUUGCUGUACCUAAAUUGGGUGUAGGUACAUCACUUGCCUUCUUUGUCUGUUCACAGGUUAUUACAGCUUGCAUCAUUGAUAAUUAUGGUUUAGUUGGAGUCGAAGUGCGUCCAUAUACAACAUGGAGAAUUUUAGCUUCGCUUGGGGCAGUUUUUUUUGUAGGCAUCAUUACUAAGUUUUGA